AUGAGUCUAGUUCUACCUGGUCUCACUUCGCUAGUUACUUUGCUUUCGGUUUUGGAAAAUCAGCCGGAAGAUAGUAGAUUAAAUUUCACUGAGCUCGCAAUAAAAUAUGGACAUCCGAACGUCGAAGCACACGAUGUAGUCACUGAAGAUGGAUACAUUUUAACAUUAUUCCAUAUCCCUGGGAAAAUAAAAGGACCUGUUCUUCUUUUGCAUGGCAUUGUAGACUCUGCUGAUUCAUUCAUCGUUAGAGGGACGAAAUCUUUAGCCAUCACAAUGGCUAAUAAGGGAUAUGACGUGUGGGCUGGAAAUACAAGAGGCAACAAGUAUUCUCGGAGACAUAUAUAUCUAGAUCCUGACACCGACCCGGAGUUCUGGAACUUCGGUUUUGAAGAAAAUGGUUACUAUGACCUACCCGCGAUGGUUGACUUCAUUCUAAAUUCUACUAAUCAGACGAGCAUGAGAUCGAUAGCACAUUCUCAAGGAACGACGGCACAUUUUGUUUUACUAUCAAUGAGACCGGAAUAUAAUGAGAAAAUUAGAGGAUUAAUCGCCCUAGCGCCUAUCGCGUUCCUCAAUAACGUAAUACCUCCAGUUUCAACUCUUCUUGAGCUAGGACCAGAGAUAGACGUGUUUUUGGCAUCCUUAGGGAUAAACGAGAUAUUAGGAUAUUAUUCGGCAGCAAGAGAGCUCGUCGAGUUAAUAUGCAGCCAAGGAAUUAUUGGCUACGAUCUCUGUUUCAUACUUGGCGUUUCACCAUUUGUUGGCUUCGAUCCUACAAGAAUUGAGCCUUUGUUUUGGGAAGUUAUCAUGGGGCACUACCCGGCAGGUACUAGCCGAAAAAGCUUAGUGCAUUAUGACCAAGUUUUUUUACGUAAACAAUUUGCUGGAUACGACUAUGGGCGUACAGAAAAUUUUCGAAUAUACCAUCUUCCAGUUCCCCCCGAUUACAAUUUAACGCAGAUCACAGCAAAUGUAUCAUUGAUUGUUGGCAAAAACGAUAAUUUGUCCAGAAUAAAGGAUGUGGAUAUUCUAAGAUCAUUACUUCCUAGAGAGCCUCAAUACGUUUUAUUGAAACCAAGACUAUGGAACCAUUAUGACUUUGUAUGGGCCAAUGACAUGGAUGUAUGGUUGUUUCCGUAUAUAUUCUCAUUUUUGAAAGAGUGGGCAUAA